UAGGGGGUGUGUUUACUCUUGUUGUAGUAACGGGCUGUUACUAUUAAUGGCUGUGGCUUUGUGGGUAGUGUGUUCGUUCCAGGCAGGUUCUCUUUGUCGAUGUUGCUGCUAUCAGUCUCUCGUUGAGCAGCCUCUGUGUAGAUGCAAUCGAGCCACAAAUAGGGUAUCGUAAAGGACGGUCAUGCCAUGACAGAGAUACGGAACAGAACGACCGAGAUAAAUCUGCUCGCGCGCAUAACUUGUUCCUCAUCAUGGAAGUGCUAUAAAUUGGGCGAAACCCGCCACUGCAAACGACUCCUGGUUUCCGUUCCCAUUCAGCCACUUUGUGACAUGCUUUGAAAUAAUGCAAAAAGACUCCUUGCUUAUAAUUAUCGCAAAUAUCUGCCCACGCGGUCCAUCAACUAGCCCACUCGAAUAUGACUCAGCCGAGCCCGCAUAAUAUAUUCGCCCCUAGCCUUGCCAGGCUCAUGGUGAGAAAAAGUUUAGUCGGCGUAUCCUACUAUUGUAUUGAAAAGAAAGCACUCUGGAGAGCAUAAUGCCUAUCGAAUCGCUCCCUGGAAGUAUCCUACGACAAGUCCUCGCAUAUCUUCCUCAGCAUGAGCUGGAGGAGCUAGCGCUGGUUUGCCGUGCCUGGGUAGCAGUAUGCCGAGAGCUCUUCUGGAGCAGGUUGACCCUAGAAUGCGCCGAGUACAUUUCUGAAAACAACUUGCCACUCCUGCUCCAAACUGAUAGCUCGAUCCCUAGGCGCCUGGGUAAGCUGUUGAUCGUUGAUUACGAAGUGGACGAUGAAGACGCAGCGGAAUGGCGCAAGACGCUUUUGACCAUUAUGAAUCACUUCGAUUGCAUUGAUAUGGUAACGAUUGGCAGUCUCGAUCUCACUACUUGGACGCUGGAGGAACGACAGGCUUUGCUGAAGCCAAAGUUAAGCAUCUCAUCCCUCAUCAUUCAGCACUUGAAAGCCGAUAGCCUCAACGAGAUCCUGCCCUUCAUUCUCGAAGCUUCGUCGGUCAAGUUUCUAGGACUAGGCAAUCUAGAGGUGCCAACUCAGGACAUUGGAGAGAUUCUGCUGCCCUCGCUACCAAAACACUGCCUCAACAGACUGCGCCACCUUGCUCUCUUCGGUACCAACGCAACGCUGUGGGAGACUUUGCUGCCAUAUAUCGUAGAGCAUACGAAUCUUGAGAACCUGAUGACGCUAGUUUUGAACGGCUCCAACAACAGAAUUGUGCCUGAUGUCUUGCAAAAGUCCAGAUCCACGCUAUGUUCAUUAGCCAUCUUGCCCGAAGACAAUGUCCACUAUGAACUUGGUGAGAUGUCCCUACAGAACCUCAGCUUCGACUUUUCAACGUAUCCAAGGAAAGAACACAUAUUAAAGAGCAUGGUGCAGACUGUCUGCAGGACGUCAACGAUAGGCCACCUGUUCAUCAGCUGUGGAACAGGUAUGAUUAAAAAAGAGAUGCAUCCUAGUGACGGAGAACCGAUAUGGACGGAACUUGAUGAAUAUCUUUCAGCCAAAGCUGGACUCAAAUCCAUCACUUGCAUCAUGGAGCUUGAUUCUUGCAUGAGCUCGCUCAUGUAUAUGCCCGGAGCGCUAGGCGGUAUCUUGAACGAGUGGAAAAGGGACCUUUUACAGGCUAUGCAAUCAUUUUUGCCGCUCUGCUCCGACAAAGGGCUACUGCAGGUGAAGCAAGUGCCACCGGGCUGGACCAGUUCACCAUUUGCAGAUGCACAUAUUCCGUAAUAGCCUAUAGGAACGGUUCAUAUAUGUGGCUGUAUACUAUAUGUACCGUAAAUUCUAUGAAAUUAUAUACAGAAUUUGCUCCAAUUGUCUAAGGUGUUGCUCCACUUCCAUCUUGAGCUCACUCAUGGUAUCAAAUUGCUCUCGCGAUGUCUCCCCCUCCGACCACGCUCGACAACUGGACACGGUGGCGUCUAGCGUCUGAUUCUGACGUUUGAUAUGGUACGAGGUGAGCUGUACAAUCGAGACCAGCUGCAUGUGGGCUCGUGAGGCGGCGUCCAUGUGCUCAGCUGGUUCAUGCAAGCUUUCCUGGUGCUUUCGUAUCGACGAGCGAAGAAUAUCUGCGCUGUGCUGCAGUGAGACGAGAAUAGCUAUAUACAUAUUCAAGAGUAGUGUUGCGCAGACGAGCACAAGAUGCCGGACGAUGGAAUAGCGUUGGUCGUCAUCAGUCGAGGACAAGCCCCCCGGUUUGCUCUGGAGGAUGCUUCCACUGCGAGACUGAGGGCGUUUGGACAAGUCCAUAGUCGAUGCUGCAUGGAUGGCUUUAUCAAUGCCAGCCCGCACCUGCCGUAGGAUUUCCAGCAGAUAAUUGGACGCUGAGAAUAAGUGCUGCAGUAACUCUGAUGAGUUUAUCGAGCCCAAGUUUAGGCUCGGUGUGGGCUCGGUGCUGCUAGACCCGUGCACCAGCCAUGAGUUGACAGACUUGAAUACAAGCUUGAUGCCUUGCUGUAUCUGUAACAUGGAGUCUUGAUUCUUGGCGGAGCGCGGCGGAUGUAAGGCCUCGGCCAAAAAUGUACGCGAAAAGCACAAGAGUUGAGACAAGUGCAUACUUAGACGCGACAAGUUGGCUAUGUUGUGGUCGAGAUUGUCUUUUUUCACACGACCACUGCUUUUGCUGCUGAUGCUUGUCUCGCUGCUACUAUCGCACAGGUCUGGUUCCAAGUCGAGACUCCGCUGGCGAGAGUUUACAUGCGUGGCGCUGCUGCUGCUUCUUCCGGUGGACGCGUUGUCUACGAUGCCGGACAGAGAAUCUGAGAGCUUGAGGCUAGAUAGAGGAUGCGAUGGCUCCAGACUCUGAUGCAAAUGGAAGUCUGAGGGCGGCAUGACAGGCGGCAUGAUGGGUGGCAGACCAUCCCCAAAGUGAUACUCUGGCCACCAGGUGCGGUAUAAGUCGGCCAUGCUGCCCAUAGGGUACGGUGGAAUAGCAAACGCAUCGCUUUGCAUGUCCAUGUCCACAUCAACGUCAAUCUCGCCGUCUGCAUCACCAGGAGAGCCUGACGUACCAUCGCCGGGUUGCCAGUCGAGAGGAUCUGGCAGCUUGGCCGUGGAUGUGUUAGGCGAAGAAGCAGUGGCGGGUGCGUCGCUUGCGCGGUAGAGCGCGGGGCGGCCUUUGGGUAAACAUGAGCUGUAGAUACAUUUAGAGCCCUUGCGAAGGCAGCGGUCGCAGUUCCCUGUCUUUCGGCUUCCUGAACGAGUACAGCGGACCUUUUGGCUGUGGCAGCGAUCGCAAGACUGGCGCUUGGGUCGCUGCGUGGUUGAGUCGCUGGCGUCGGUUGAUGUACCAGCCAUGGCGUAUUGGUGAUGGUGGCGGUGGGUGGCGGUAGUAGUGGUGGUUCUUUGGGAGUUAGAGGAUGAUGUUUAGGGAUGGAUUUGUAUAUGAGAGGCAGUAAAUCUGGGUAUGCAUGUGUAUGUGUAUGCUGGCAACGAUCGAUGAAAGAUGUAUCCUGCAAUACCACACGCACCACAACUUGGACCAGAGUUUGCGCGGGAACAAUCAAGAUCGCAUUGACAAUACCACCCUCAGAGAAUCAGUGGCUGGCUUAUACGCGCGUUGAAGCGGUGAUUUGGUUGUGCAAAAGCCAGUUGGUUGAACAGCAACAAGUCGUGAAGUUGAUCGUGGGAAAAAAGGCACCGUAGACCAAGGUAAACCGCUUUGUAUUUCAACUCUGCACGCCUUAAUGCUGCGUAUUUCAACUAUGCAUGCCUGGAUGCUGGGUAUUCAGCAGGCCACCCCAUGGCGCUAAGAAACGACUCCUC